CAAGUUCUGAGCACUGCACAGAAAAUCUCAAAGUAGUUAAUGUGCACCUUGAGGACUGAAUAUUCUGAGAGGCUUCAGAGGUGUGAACACAUCCUGUUUACAUCUGCCACCAAGACAGAGAGGCCGAGGGGAGUACACGGCUGAGGCACAGUUGGAGGCAGCACCGUGCACAGGGAGGGCUCCCUGCAGUGGGAGACGGCCCCGGCAUGGACACGCUGCCCAUCUACCACGGGCGCAUCACGCGGGAGGCUGGGGAGAAGCUGCUGCUGGAGGCGGGUGUGGAUGGCAGCUACCUGCUGCGGGACAGCGAGACCAUCCCUGGAGCCUACUGCCUCUGCGUGCUGCAUCAGGGCUAUGUUUAUACCUACAGAGUGUCCCAAACAGAAACUGGAUCCUGGAGUGCUGAGACAGCACCUGGGGUCCAGCGGAGGCUCUUUCGGAAAGUGCACAACCUCAUCUCGGCCUUCCAGAAACCCAACCAAGGCAUUGUAACACCCCUGCAGCACCCAGUCAUCAACCACAUGAAAGCCAAAUAUUCCCCAGGGAGGAAUGAAGGCCAUGACUUCCACCUGCAGCCAUCAUGAGGAUGUUUCCCCAACUGUGACAUAACCACAUCUUCCAGUGUCUCCUCUAGUCCAUGCUCUAAAGCAGAAUGAUUUAUAUGAUAGUUAAUACAACUCCAUGAGUUUUCUUGUAACAUUUACAGAAAUGUGUAUUUCAUAGAAUUUGUAGCUCAAAAUGAAGAAGUUUAAGUUUCAGAAUACUUCGAAUUUGGAGUGAAAUUUUUUUUUUGAUUUUUGUUUGUUUGUUUUCUAAGAGAGGACAAAAAAAGGAUGAACAUAAUAUCUUUUCCCCCCUUUAAAAUGUCAAGUAAAAAAUAUUUUUCCCUUCAAGAUUAGUUCUUAAUUAAUAAUUUGUUACUAAUUUUACAUUGCUGAACUUUGGAGUCUUCUUUGCUUUGUUCUGAUUGGCAUUUAUGCAGAACUGGGCAAGUCCCCUUUUAUAACCUUAGGAGAAUUGUUUACAUUAAAGUGUCCUUGCCUUGGGUGGGCUGUGUGUCUGUCAUUCAUACAGUUCCUAAAGAUAUUCCAGAAGUGACACUGUGAG